UAGCCCACGCCCACGCGCCAUCAAGAUUGUGCCCAAACCCUAAUUCUGUUUAGGGCCUGACCAGGCCGAGCCGAGCUGCGUUGGCCAUUGCCCCCUUAGGAGCAAGAAAUAUUUUCAUAUCAUAUAAAUCUCUGCCCCCUCUCUCUCCUUUCUUUCCACACCGCCUCAUCACGAAACAUUUUAUAAGGGCAACCCCGACUGUAAAUGCCCUUCCCUCCCGACGUCUCUUUUCUGUCUCUGUAUCUCUCUAGAGAACGAAUUCCACAAUGAAGCUCAGGCUGAGAUCACUGGAAUCAAAGGAAACUAUCAAGAUAGAAACCCCACCUUUUCCUUGCUCUCUUCAAGCCCUCAAAACUGCCAUUGCUGAAUCUCUCGGUACUUCUCCUGCUUCUCUUCACUUAUCAUUGAACAAGAAAGAUGAACUCGAUGGCCCCCCUAAUGCAUUGAUCGAUUCAUAUGGCGUAACGUCUGGUGAUUUGAUCUUUUACACUCUAAACCCGGUUGGGUUUUCUCAAUCGAUGGAGAAUUCUGCCGCAUAUUCUUCUUUUUGUUCUUCUUCUCUUGUGGAUGCUCAUAUUCAGGUAGGAACACCCAUUUGCGAUAAAGAUAUUGUUGUUGCUGGAAACCCAAGUUUUAUAAGCGAACCCAACUCUGAUAAAGAUUUCAUUGUUGAAGAAGAACCAAUUUCUCUUUCAAAUUCAAACUCUACUUUCGUAAAUUCUGAUGAGGAAAAGCCUGGUUUUGAUGAUGCCAUGGCGGUGGAUGAUGAGACGGUUUUGGGGAAAUCAUUAUCUGUUCCAUGUUUUCUUAGGCGUGUCUUAUCAGAAAUGGACCAUAAAGCGCUGGAUGGCCAUGGCCUUCUGAUAUUGGCUGUUCAUGCUGUUAUGUUAGAGACUGGUUUUGUGGGUCUUGACCCUCAAACUAAUCGACAAAUUGAUGGUUGUUCAAUUCCUGAAGGUUGGGCUUCAAGGAUUUCUGUAUCUUUGAGAUACACAGUCCCUGAGCUGUUGAAUCGAACCGAUGGGGUGGAAUCUGUUGUUUUAAAGUUUCAUAUUUUGGGAAAGUUUGUUCUUCUUUAUGGGUCACUAUGCAAUGGCUCCUCAGAUAUAUACCGUCUCUCCCUAUAUGUAACUCAAUUUCUUCCCGCUAUUUUCGCCUUGAGCAAGAGUGGGUCAAAGGGUUCUUCUUUUGAAGAAACUGGAGAAUUGGGUUGUUCGAAAUUGAGUCAUGAGAGAGAAGGAUUGGGUUCUUUGAAAUCGAGCUAUGAGAGAGAAGUCUUCCAGCUUUGGAAGAUCGUUAAGGACCAACUUUCCCUGCCCCUCCUUACUGCUUUAUGUGAGAAAACAGGUUUACCACCUCCUCCCUGUCUUUUGUGCAUACCCACUGAGCUAAAACUCAAAGUAUUGGAGUUUCUCUCGCCCCCAGAUAUCUCAAAAUUGGGAUGUGUUUGUUCUGAACUGAGAUACGUUUCUUCAAAUGAUGAUAUAUGGAAGGCGAAGUUUGUAGAGGAAUUUGGGCCUUUAAAGAAUGAAAGAGCACUGACAGAGAGAAGUUGGAAAGAGAGAUAUCUUGUAUGUUUUGAGAGAAAUAAGAGGAAAAUACAAUUCAGGAGAAGGGUCCGCCCAUUUGGGUCGCUUUUUCCUCAGAGGAGGAGGAGCCCAGCUCCAUUUGGGGGCCCUGGUCAUAUGAUUAUUGGUGGGGAUUACGAUAUGUUUCCUCCUAUUGGUAAUUCUGUUCUUUUUGGGACAAAUAGAGGGUUUCCAAGGUUUCGAGCCCGAGAUUCUUUCAUUACCCAUUGCAAUCGUCGUGGUUCUGGUGUCUAGGAUAGCUGCUUGUCAUGGUUGAUAUCUACUAUAUUAAGCUAAUUGAUUGGCAAUGUGUUGUAUUUCUAAAGUGGUGACAGCACACAUUUGAGAGGACCUUUACUCUACCAUGCAUUUGCUGAAGAAAUCAACCAGAUAACAUCUUCACAUUUUCCCGAGCGCAGGCCAGUAACUCAUGCAAGCACAAACCUCACUCUGGCUUUUGGAGCGUUAUUUUCAAGUUCCGAGGGGAGUGUUUAUGGACAUGUACAUAAGGGUAUUGUUUAGUUAUUUUGACGUUCUUCUUUUGUGAUGUAUUUGUCGUAAUGUUGACCACCCAAAAUAAGUGUCAUAAUCUACAUGAAUGCGUACAUCACUUAUAUAGAUAUUAUAAGUGUACAUCAAUAAUACCCAUGAUGAUUUACAUGACAUUGAGGCUUUAUGAUUUAUACAUGUACAUAAGAGUAUUGUUUAGUUA